CCCGACUCCCCUUGGCUGGCUGGCAUCCCAGAGCACAGGCACAGACAGCAGAGACAGUAAAGUAGACAGCGAAGGACUAAAGAGAAGUAGCAGACAGGCUUCUGCUGGGAGAAAGUUGGAGAGUCUUUUACGUGGCAUUGCUCCAGUGGGUUGUUUUUCAGUGGGUGUAUUUUUAUCAGCAGCAAGUGUUUGACACUGUUUAAAGUGGACAGUCAUGGCGGACACUGCUGUCAAGAAGGAGCCUGUUGACCUCUCGGAGGUGGCCUGUGAUGAGAAAGUUGCCCUGGUGGCUGCAGCCACUGAUCCAGCUGUGGAUGAUGACCCUUCUCAGGAGAACGACCUGGUCAUCGCCACCGGCUCAGGAGGGAAGACUGAGGCUCAGCUCAACGGCGCCAUGGUUCUGACCCUGCUGGACAAGAUCAUCGGCGUGGUCGACCAGAUCCAGCACACCCAGAGCAGCCUGGAGGCUCGGCAGGAGGCCAUGGAGAAGUCAGUGUCAUCCAUCCAAGGGGAGCUGGCAAAGCUGUGCAAAAAUCACCUGGGCACUACCAACACGGUCAACAAGAUGUUGGACAAGGUUCGUAAAGUCAGCGUCAACGUGAAGACGGUGAGAGGAAACCUGGAGAAGCAGGCGGGUCAGAUCAAGAAGCUGGAGAGCAACGAGAAUGAGCUGCUGAAGAGGCGCGACUUCAAAGUCCUCAUCUAUCAGGACAAAGUGAAACAGCCAAAGCCAGCCAAGGCAGCAGAGACCGCAGUGGAGAGUGCAGCUGUAGAAGGUCUUGGGCAAAUCGUGGAGGAGGAGGAAGGUCAGGCUCAUCCAGCUAAAGUCAACUCAGAUGAGGAGGUGGAGAUCGAGGAGAUCAUUGAGGAGUCCCGCACGAAGCGCCUCCAGCGCACCACCAAGAAGCAAGUAGACAACAUCAAGAAGGCGUUUUCCAAAGAGCAAAUGGAGAAGACCAAAGUCAAGACCCGGGAGAACUUGGAGAAAACCAAGCAGAAGACCAGAGAGAAUCUAGAAAAGACAAAGCAGAAGACCCGUGAUAAUCUGGAGAAGACAAAACACAGCCUGGAGAAGAAGAUCGGAAAGCUUGGUACACGUAUGACUCCCAACCAAGAGCGGCGGGCCAAGAUGAAGAGCUCGAAGGAUAAGAUGAAGAAGUCCCUCACUCCCGACCACACGGUCUACGCCCGCUCCAAAACCUCGGUGUACCGCGUGCCUCCCUUCACCUUUCACGUUAAAAAGAUCCGAGACGGCGAGGAGGAGAUUGUGGAGAGUGCCGAGAUGGUGGAAGUAACCGAUAAUGAGGUCCUCUCAGAUGGAGAGGAGAAUGGUGUAGGAGCUCAUGUUGAGGAAGAGGAGCUGGUGAACGUGAGCAGCCCACAAAAUGAGACUCUCUUGGUAGUGACGGAGGACGCCACACUGAUGACAGUGGAAGGCGACCAACUAGAGAAGGCCCAAUAAGGAGUCUUGACGAAAGGAAGGAUGAAGAGCAAAGUGGAGUCUUUAUAAACACAUCAUAAGGACUAAACCCUAAUUUUAGUGACUUUUCUAGAAGUGAUCUUAAACAUCUUUUUACAGCCCCAGUUCAAGGUCACCUUUUUACUUAUCACUAUGAGAACAGAACAGCUUUCACACUGCAGGUCAAUACAGUAAGCUUGAUGCUUUUUGGGUUUAAUACGCGGCAACACAAACAUCCACUGGUAUAAAUAUUCUUUAUUAUGAAGACGUAUUUUAUAAGAGAAUUAACGCCAUGUAUGAUAUGCACAUAUUAAGAUGGGAUUAUGAGGAAGUUUUACUAUAGAUGUUAUUGUACACGAUGGUUCGAGUGAGGUCAUGUGCAUCAGUGUGGUGAAAUAAUGAACGAAAAAUAGUAUAGUGAAGCUAUGGCUUGACUUAGUGUUGAUUUUUUCCCCGCAUCCUUAGCUUUCUACCACGAUAUGUAAAUGCAUCAGCUAUAGAUCUUUACUAUGAAUCUGCCAUUUAAAAAAAAAUGUAAUGGCUUUAUGUGAUUGCAUUUUGCAGUAUUUUUAAAUACAUAUUCUUAUAAAUAUAAAACAUUAACUUGGACAAAGUUAGCUCUAAAUAAUUUAUGCAUUUUGCAAGAAUAUGUGGUCAUUUCCAUCGUAACUCGAAAUGGAAAUAGAUGAUGGAGGAGAGCAUUUUAAAAAUUAUAUUUUUAUUUUUUUGUGCGUUUGUGGUUGCAAUGAUGUUACCUUUGGUGUGUAUGGGUGUUUUCUUUUGUUUUCUUUUUUUUUUUUUUUUAAGAAAAAAAGGUGCUCUUUAGAUGGCUAGUUUUAUACUAUAUUAAAUUGUCCAGAUAUAGGGAAAUUAACAUAUAAUCAAGUUGAAAUAUUAUAACUGUGUCUUCCUCUCACUUCUAUAACAAGUCCCGAUAUUAAUGAGAAAAUUACUGAGCUACCGUCAUCAUGUUGUCUGACAAACACUUAAAGAUAUUGAUACAUGUUUGAUUGUCCAGUUCUCAUUGCGCUUUUCACUGCAAUAUUUUUUUAAACAGAAACAAAUAUUCUCAUGUUUUUCCAAUGGUUGCGCUGCUUGUGACUGACUGA